AUGGCAACAUACCAUAUUUUAUGCUCAACGGACGAGAACCCGAGACAUGAGUACUGUCCGUCAGGAGCAGAUAGCUGGUGCCAAUGGCAAAAAGCUCAGGCUAUCGGCUCAGAAUUCAAACAUCCUGCACCACUGCAUGAAGACGUGCAGAAGCAUAUUCUGCCGAUUUAUGAAGAUCUGUUGAGAUUAGAUCUUUUAGAACGAUGUCUCGGCGGCCACACGCAGAAUGCAAAUGAAAGUUUCAAUAGCACCGUUUGGCGUUUCUGCCCAAAACAUUUGCAUUCUGGCUUGAAAAUCGUCGAAAGUGCAACAUUUAUUGCUGCUGGCCUCUUCAAUGAAGGAUAUUCGGCGAUAUUUCAAAUAAUGAUGGCCCUCAAGCUGAUAAUAGGGAGACAAUGUAAAAUGUACGGCGACAACGUAGACGAGUGGCGAGUGCCUCGGCAGGAACGACGCAGCAUUUCUUCGUCGAAAGAGGCUCGUAGAGCCAAAAAACAACAAGCACUCGAAGAAAAUAUGCUAUAUGAGGAAGUGGAAGGUCUAUUAUAUGGACUUGGAAUCACAGACUAA